AUAAAAAACAUUAUCUGAAAAACCUAACCGACAUCUCUCCUCCAACCACUGUGUAAAAAGCACUCAAAUCACACUUUAUCUUCUCCGUCACAUUUUCCCGAGAAACAAAAAAAAAAUCUCAAAUCUGGCAAAAAAUGGCGACGAUUCCAAUGGAUAUCGUCAACGACAUAUUCCUCCGAUUACCAGCAAAAACUCUAGUUCGUUGCCGUGCUCUCUCUAAGCCAUGUUAUCAUCUAAUCAACGAUCCAGAUUUCAUCGAAUCUCAUCUUCAUCGCGUUCUUCAAACCGGUGAUCAUCUCAUGAUUCUUCUCAGAGGAGCUCUUCGUCUCUACUCUGUAGAUCUCGAUUCACUUGAUUCCGUCUCCGACGUUGAGCAUCCGAUGAAACGUGGUGGUCCGACCGAAGUUUUUGGUUCUUCCAACGGUUUAAUCGGGUUAUCGAAUUCUCCAACUGAUUUAGCGGUUUUUAAUCCUUCGACUCGACAGAUUCAUCGAUUACCUCCUUCGUCUAUCGAUCUCCCCGAUGGUUCGAGUACUCGUGGUUACGUGUUUUACGGAUUAGGUUAUGAUUCUGUUAGUGAUGAUUAUAAAGUUGUGAGGAUGGUUCAGUUUAAGAUAGAUUCAGAAGAUGAACUUGGUUGUAGUUUUCCUUAUGAGGUUAAAGUGUUUAGUUUGAAGAAGAAUUCAUGGAAGAGAAUCGAAUCAGUGGCGUCGUCGAUUCAGCUUUUGUUUUACUUUUAUUAUCAUCUCUUGUAUCGUCGUGGUUAUGGUGUUCUUGCUGGUAAUAGUCUUCAUUGGGUUUUACCUAGAAGACCUGGUUUGAUUGCGUUUAAUCUCAUUGUUAGAUUUGAUCUUGCCUUGGAAGAGUUUGAGAUUGUUCGGUUUCCUGAAGCGGUUGCGAAUGGUAAUGUUGAUAUUCAGAUGGAUAUAGGUGUUUUAGAUGGUUGUCUUUGCUUGAUGUGUAACUAUGAUCAGAGUUAUGUUGAUGUUUGGAUGAUGAAAGAAUACAAUGUGAGGGAUUCUUGGACUAAGGUUUUUACGGUUCAGAAACCGAAAAGUGUGAAGUCGUUUUCGUAUAUGAGACCUUUGGUUUAUUCUAAGGAUAAGAAAAAGGUUCUUUUGGAGCUUAAUAAUACAAAGCUAGUCUGGUUUGAUUUAGAGAGUAAGAAGAUGAGUACUCUUAGGAUUAAGGAUUGCCCUAGCUCGUAUAGUGCGGAACUCGUUGUGAGUAGCCUUGUCUUGGGGUGUAAAGGAGAUCUUAAUAACAUUAAGUAUCGAAAAGAACAACAAGCUAAAGAAGCUAGAGAAGCUAAAAUUAUGCAGAACACUAAAAGGAGGGAUGAUUUCCUGUCCAAAGGAUUCAAGCUGGUCUUAUAAGCCAAAAACAAGAGACAGGAGCUAAAGCUGCACAAGGUAAGUGAAAAAGUUGACCGUUCUUAAUGGGUCUAGUUUGCUGCUGCAUUCUUAUUGCAUUUCAUUCUUUUCUGUCUCUGCUCUGUUUUGUCGCGGACGUUCAUAUCCGGUGUCUGUUUUGUGGCGGACGAGCAAUUUUCAUAUUCGGGUUGGGACAAGAGUGAAAGUCACAGUAUGUCAUAGGUAUUGAGUGCUUAGAAGUUAGAACAUUCCCUAGAAAAUGUUAUGGAGUCAUCAUCAGGAUAAUUACUUUAGCAUAUGACCAUAUUCAAGUGUGGUUUUUUCACAUCAAUCUAUCUGCAAAACAAUCAUUGGGUAUGAUUUUUUCAGGGAGGAGAAACGAGAAGGGGAACAAACAAUAACUUCAACCAAAAAGCUCUAAUAUACCAAAGGAGAAUAAUAUACAACUUACCUACGUAUAUGUGCUUAUAGAAGAGAGGACAAAUGUUUUUGGUUUGUAAAUAACUCUUUUUAAGUUUGAUAUAUAUAACUUACUAGUACUAACGCUUUGUAUACUUGCUUUUUUAAGUUUCUGCAUAAUAUGAGAUGUUAAAUAAAUUAAAAUUUGUCAUAUUUAACAAG